AUGCAGCUCAUUAACAUCUCUCUCGCCCUAGCGGCUUCCGUUGCAUCCGCGGUCCAGGCUCUUCAUGCUGUGGAACCAAACCUCCACCGUCGUCACUACGACAACAGCACUGAUCCUCCUGUCUCGACUAUCACCGUGUCCCCAAUCCCAGUCACCUCAGUGCCAAUAGGCACCGGAGCCAGCACGGUAACCGAUGCUCUAACCACCAAGGUUAGCAAUGCGACAUUGACUUAUACCAUGGGCUACGGUUCGUCUGUGACCGUGGUCACAACCACUGUUCGCCGUACGGAGACUCUGACUCAAACCAAAACCGUCUAUGCGACCAGGGAAUCCGGUAGUGCGGUACCAUCUGACACAGAUGGAAACAACAAAGCUGUCACCUCUGCGAGCGGCGAGGAAGCCGAGCCCACCACCACCAUCACGUCUCGUUCUACUACCACCCGAACAGUCACUGUUGAAUCUGCUACCCCCAGCGGUGGCGAGGACGGAUCCCCAGCAACCUCCGUGGCACCUGGGGAUGGCUCUUCUCCAACCGGCUCUGCUAACCCCAGCGAUGGCGAGCACGGAUCCCCAGCAACUUCUGUGGCACCUGGGGAUGGCUCUUCCCCAGCCGGCUCUGCAUGUGGAACUGUCGCAACUGUGACAGAGACCAUCAAAUCCACAGUCACGGUUACCGCUAGUGCUCCCAUGGCCCCUUCCACGACCGAAGAUGCCGGCUCUGGCUCUGGCUCUAGCUCUGCAUCUCCUUCGACCACCGAAGACUCGGGCUCAGCCUUCUCCAGCUCCAGCCUACCCAUCCUCCCUACCAGCUCUGCCGUGCCAUACAGUAACGGCACCUCAGCUCACCCCACUCAACCGAAGAAGAUGUGCGGCGGCUCCGGCUUCGUGACCAAAUCCAAGCCUAAGUCCACCGCCCUUCCAUCCGGCCACGACUACAGACGCCACUAG